CCAAUCAAAUCCGAGUUGGCAGUUGAGAUUAAACGGACUUUUCAUUCCGGGCUGGUGUCCUGGGUGAGGUGAAGAGACACAUCAGAAAGGCGCCAAAGGAUACAGUCAAGCAGGUCGGCUCUGCGCUCUUCCCUGGAGCUGCCAGCUGCCUGGAGAACCCAGCCUCUUCAUGGAAAGCCCGGUGCAGCAGCCCCCUGGUGAUGGCAUCCGACAGUGACGUGAAGAUGCUGCUAAACUUCGUGAACCUGGCGUCCAGUGACAUCAAGGCAGCCCUGGACAAGUCCGCGCCCUGCCGCCGCUCCGUGGACCAUCGCAAGUACCUGCAGAAGCAGCUCAAACGCUUCUCCCAGAAGUAUUCCCGGCUCCCGCGGGGUCUCCCCGGCAGAGGGGCCGAGCCUCACCUGAGAAGGGGGCCCGAGGACCGGCCCGGGAGGCCGCUGCCCCUCGAAUCUGGCCACGGUUCCAGCCCCGGCGGGGGUGGGGGCUGCAAGGAGAAGGCGUUGGGGAACCCGGACCGGGAGGAAAGCCUCUCUAAGGAGCGGACCCUCCAUGGGCCGGAUCCAGGAGCUGCCAGGCCUGGCCAGGUGCCCAUGAGGAAAAGACAGCUGCCUGCUUCCUUCUGGGAAGAGCCACGGCCCACCCACAGCUACCCUGUGGGGCUGGAGGGGGGCCUGGGGCCCCGGGAGGGACCUCCCUACGAGGGUAAGAAACACUGUAAAGGCUUGGAGCCCCUGGGGCCCGAGACCGCCCCGGUGCCCGCCUCCCCCAGGGCGCUGGCUGAAAAGGAGCCGCUCAAGAUGCCCGGGGUCUCCCUGGUGGGCCGCGUCAGUGCCUGGAGUUGCUGCCCCUUCCAGUACCAUGGACAGCCCGUCUACCCAAGCCCUCCAGGGGCCCUGCCCCAGAGCCCGAUGCCCAGCCUGGGCCUCUGGCGGAAAAGCGCGGCUUCCCCUGGCGAGCUGGCCCACUUCUGCAAGGACGCGGAGGGCCCGGGGCAGAAAGUGUACAGACCUGUGGUUCUGAAACCCAUCCCCACCAAGCCGGCUGUGCCUCCACCCAUCUUCAAUGUCUUUGGCUACCUCUAGCCGGGCGGGGAGGGCCUCGGCUCCUCCUGUGGCCUGCAGGAUAUCGGGGACCCCCAGGAGUGAGCUCUUCUGGUGAGGAGCGGGCUGGGCGAGAACCAACCCUUUGCAUCCGGGGGGAGGAGGGCAGGGCAGGAUGGGGCAGGGGCUUCUUCUCAGGCAGCUGUCCAGCCAGCCUGCACAGUCUCCGGAGGCCAGCCCCUCUGCAAGCAGGCCAGAGCCCAACAGAUCACCUGUGUGCCUGUGCAGACCUCAGGUGGCAGGGGCCCUUGCCCUGGCCCUCCGGCCACCCCAGAAGCCAGUGUUAUACCACCUGUCCACCUGCCACCCACUGUGUAAGCCAGUCUCAGUCUUGUUCUUCUUGUUCUUUGUAAAUACUAAGAAGGUUAAGAAAAUAAAGACAUUUCUUUUGCAGUUUUCACA